CUUAUAGAUGUCACUAGAGUGGAUUACAAUAGAGAGCAGUUUGACGUUAGUGGUGUCUGCAGCUUUUCAUUCUUUCGUUUGAGUGAUUUGAUUACGUUGCUAAUAAUUAUACAUUGUUUGGAAUUAGAAUAUUAAGAUAGGAAUCUAUUCUAAUCUUGUUACCUAGCCUUAUUGGAAAAAUGCAGAUUUUUGUAAAAACUCUCACAGGAAAGACCAUCACGUUAGAGGUCGAAGCAUCUGAUACGAUAGAAAAUGUAAAAGCAAAGAUUCAAGACAAAGAAGGGAUUCCUCCUGAUCAACAAAGACUUAUCUUUGCUGGCAAACAAUUGGAAGAUGGAAGAACUUUGUCUGAUUAUAAUAUUAAAAAAGAAUCUACUCUUCAUUUGGUAUUGCGACUUCGCGGAGGCAUGCAAAUUUUUGUAAAAACUCUUACAGGCAAGACCAUCACUUUAGAAGUUGAAGCAUCAGAUACAAUAGAAAAUGUAAAAGCAAAGAUUCAAGACAAAGAAGGGAUUCCUCCUGAUCAACAAAGACUUAUCUUUGCCGGGAAACAAUUAGAAGAUGGAAGAACUCUUUCAGAUUAUAACAUUCAGAAAGAAUCUACUUUACAUUUGGUAUUGCGACUUCGUGGGGGUAUGCAAAUUUUUGUAAAAACUCUCACGGGAAAGACCAUCACGUUAGAGGUCGAAGCAUCUGAUACGAUAGAAAAUGUCAAGGCUAAAAUACAAGAUAAAGAAGGGAUUCCUCCUGAUCAACAAAGACUUAUUUUUGCCGGGAAACAAUUAGAAGAUGGAAGAACUCUUUCAGAUUAUAACAUUCAGAAAGAAUCCACUCUUCAUUUGGUAUUGCGACUUCGCGGAGGCAUGCAAAUUUUUGUAAAAACUCUUACAGGCAAGACCAUCACUUUAGAAGUUGAAGCAUCAGAUACGAUAGAAAAUGUCAAGGCUAAAAUACAAGAUAAAGAAGGGAUUCCUCCUGAUCAACAAAGACUUAUCUUUGCCGGGAAACAAUUAGAAGAUGGAAGAACUCUUUCAGAUUAUAACAUUCAGAAAGAAUCCACUCUUCAUUUGGUAUUGCGACUUCGCGGAGGCAUGCAAAUUUUUGUAAAAACUCUUACAGGCAAGACCAUCACUUUAGAAGUUGAAGCAUCAGAUACGAUAGAAAAUGUAAAAGCAAAGAUUCAAGACAAAGAAGGGAUUCCUCCUGAUCAACAAAGACUUAUCUUUGCCGGGAAACAAUUAGAAGAUGGAAGAACUCUUUUAGAUUAUAAUAUUCAGAAAGAAUCUACUUUACAUUUGGUUUUGCGUCUUCGUGGAGGCUCAAAUACUUGAAUCAAAGGAUUAUAAAUCCUUAUGUAGUAACAUUUAGUAAACGUCGUAGUAUAUCAACUGAUAGUAAUUAUACAUUUUUUAUAUUUAUUUAAAACCGUUAUUUAUACAAUGUAUGAUACGGUUUAAACAAAAAUCGUAAUAAAUGUGAGCAUGAGCAUUAAUCAUAUGCAAAUGUGCAUGUGCUCCAUAUAUAUAAACAUUAA